AUGCCUCCAACAAAGAAAUACUCACAAACUCUCUCGAUCAUCGGGGAGAAGCUCAGUGUACCGAGAAAUUCUGUGUGCGGUGGCGGUACAGUAGGAAGUUUGUCCUCGAUGCGAUCUGGUGAAGCGUCACGAAAGAACACUGCACGUCUCAUUGAAAAUCCGAAUUUAUUCGCCAGGACUUUGUCGGAGAAGCUCACAGGACCAUGGAUCGAGCAUGCAUUUGUGAAACGUGAAUGUAUCAAAUUUGUCGCACAACGCGAUGUUCCAGAUAGGUGCGGGUGCGGCCAGUUGAUGACGGCUCACUCCCAGUUAGCCUUAUCCAGAUUCUCAGUUUUCUCUCAAACCAUCCGAGUUGAGGAAGGAACCCCAUGGUCAAUAGCGACACAUACCCAAACUGCCCCCACUGAUGCUUUCGGUACCAUUGUUUUUCAGGGAGGAGCUCAUGCACAUAAAGCUCAAUACAUUCGGCUAGGGUAUGAUUCGGAGCCAGAGGAUGUAAUGUAUCUGAUGGAAAAGGUCUGGGGUCUAGUACCUCCCAAACUUGUCAUUACUGUCCAUGGAGGAAUGUCGAACUUUGAGGUCCAGGAAAAGCUUGGGCGUUUGUUCCGGGAUGGUUUACUCAAAGCAGCUCAAACUACUGGUGCUUGGAUCAUAACGGGUGGGUUUGACUCUGGGGUAGUGAAGCAUGUUGCCCAAGCACUGGAUGACGCUGGAAUAUCGGCAAGGAUGCGGUCAAAGAUCGUCACGAUAGGGAUUGCUCCCUGGGGUGUGAUCAAGCGGAAGGAGCGAUUGGUAGCCAAGGAUGCUCAGAUUCAGUAUGACCCGCAUGCCUUUGGUUCGCCUACGGGUCUAGGAGUACUGAACGAUCACCACUCGUACUUCCUACUUGCUGACAACGGAACAACCUCUAGGUACGGUGCUGAUCUUCACCUCAGGCAAAACCUCGAAGAACAUCUGGCCAAGGGCGAUGCGAACGGUUCCCGGAAAAUUCCUGUGGUAUGCGCAGUACUGGAAGGUGGAACUAGUACCCUCAAAGCUGUCCACCAGUACUUGACCCGGGAGCCUAAAAUCCCAGUGAUCGUGUGUGACGGCAGUGGGAGAGCCUCGGAUCUUAUAGCGUUUGCAAGCAGAUAUCUGGAUGCUGAUGACACAUUUCCCGCAGAAGUACGGGAAGAGUUGCUCUCUCUGAUAUCCACGGUAUUUCCGGAUGCUCCACGAACUCCUGAGCAAAUUCUUGAGGUCAUCUUGGAAUGCGCCAGGAAAAGGGAUUUGCUCACGAUCUUCCGGAUGGGCGAAAGCCGCACUGAGGAUGUGGACCACGCCAUCUUGACCGCGGUUUUGAAGAGGCAGAAUCUUACCCUACCUGAACAGCUGCACCUAACAUUGUCUUGGAAUCGGGUAGACGUUGCCAGAUCAUGUCUUUUUGCUGGUGGACGUCACUGGCCUAUUCACGCACUUCACUCAGCGAUGAACGACGCGCUCCGACUGAAUCGGGUUGAAUUUGUCGAGUGCUUGUUGGAAAAUGGUGUAAAUAUGAAGACAUUUUUGACAAUUUCCACUUUGGAACAGCUGUAUAACGUAGAUGAUGAUGCUCAACAUAGUGUCCGUUUCUUAGUGGAACAUGCCUCACCGAACACCUACCUCACUUUGCCGGAUAUCGGGUUGAUUAUAGAGAAAUUGAUGGGCAACGCUUAUAAGCAUUAUUAUACUUCACGGACCUUCAAGAACAACUAUGAAAAAUUCCGGAAAAAAGCUCAAUUGUCGCGUUUGAGCAGCUUUCACAUCCGUUUGGUGGCCAAAACAUCUCCGAGACGGCGAAAAAGUCAACUUGAUUAUUGCAGUUCGUUUGGUUGCGACGAUGAUACGCCUCCGGACUUCUCUUACCCAUUCAAUGAUCUCAUUUUGUGGGCAGUUCUUACUCGCAGACCAGAAAUGGCUAAAUGUAUGUGGCUUCAUGGUGAAGAUGCAAUGGCCAAAAGUUUGGUAGCUGCGAAAUUGUACAAAGCCAUAGCAAGAAUAGCUGAGGAGGAUUACCUAGAAGUGGAGAUGGCACAAAAACUCAGGGAAUAUUGCGACUCCUCUUGCCGGGAAUCCUUGCAGCUGUUAGACUUCUGUUAUCGAGAAGACAAUAUACAGACGCUCAAGUUGCUCACCGCUCAAUUACCACAUUGGGGCCAUCAGAAUUGUUUAUCGCUAGCAGUGAUGGCAAAUCACAAGCCUUUUCUUGCUCAUCCUUGUUGCCAACGUCUCCUGGCUGAACUCUGGCAUGGUUCGUUACGGGUCCGUAGUGGGUCGAAUCUCCGGGUGCUUGCAGCACUAAUCUGUCCACCGGCUGCGCUGGCGCUGUCAUAUAAGGCUCCGUAUGUUUCAGCGGGUCCAUCCAACCCAGAGCAACAUAAUGAGGAGAGCACGACUUAUGAUACUAUAAGUUCGCUUAGGACAGACCGUUAUGAAAGGAAUAGCGUUGGCAGCAUGAUGUCUCUACCUUUACAAAAGCUAUUCAAAGCGGCACCCACUAAUAGGCCAAAGAUGAAGAUUGGAAGCAGCGAUGAAUUAGAUGAUCUUGUGGAAAACGGCAUCAAUGGAGUAGGACAUCAGAAGAAAGUCACAAUCAUAUCAUCAAAGCGAGGUAGCGCUAUACGAGCUAGCUGUGACAUGUUAGUCGAAAAGACUUUGUCUCUAUCGCCCGUUGCCAAAAUGCGAGCGUUCUACGCUGCACCGAUCACAAAGUUUUGGUCUUGGUGCAUUGCAUUCAUGAUUUUCUUGAUGUUCUCAUCCUAUGUACUUCUAAUCGAAACUCCUGUAAAUCCCACAAACAUAGAAUAUGCAACAUUGGCUUAUAUUGUGGUCUAUGCAGUGGAACACCUUCGAAAGCUUCUUGAGCAAGAAACGCCUAAACUCAGGGAAAAAUGUCGAGUAUUUUAUACAAAGUACUACAAUCUUCUCACAGCCACAGCUUUAUUACUCUUUCUUAUUGGUUUCGUGUUUCGAACGCAGCCACAGCUUAGGCACUCUUACGGAAGAGUUAUCCUCUCCUGCAGCAAUGUCCUAUGGUACAUGAAAGUCCUAGAAUACCUUUCCGUGCAUCCGCUGCUCGGUCCGUACAUCCAGAUGGCUGCCAAAAUGGUUGUCUCCAUGUGCUACAUCAUUGUCUUACUUCUAGUUACUUUGAUGGCUUUUGGUGUGUCACGACAGGCAAUAACGUACCCGCACGAAAAGUGGAAUUGGCUUCUUGUAAGGAACAUUUUCUACAAACCGUACUUUAUGUUGUACGGUGAAGUCUAUGCAGGAGAAAUCGACACAUGUGGGGAUGAAGGAACGAAUUGUGUUCCCGGAGGAUGGAUACCGCCUGUUUUAAUGACAAUUUUUCUUCUUGUUGCUAAUAUCUUGCUCAUAAACAUGCUAAUUGCCAUCUUCAAUAAUAUCUUCAACGACACCAACAUUCGCUCUCAAGAAGUUUGGCUCUUUCAAAGAUACUGGCAGGUGAUGGAAUACAACGAUACACCGCUACUGCCGCCUCCCUUCACUCUGCUAUCAUACAUCGGGCGACUCUUGUGCUUUUGCAAGAAAAAGCCCUUGAAAGCAGAAAAGGAACGUGACGACGUGAUUAACAACUGUUCCAUGCGGCUAUGCUUGAACGCGGAAGAAUUACGCGAAUUACAUGAUUUCGAGGAAGAUUGCAUGGACGAACUUACCAGGAAGAGAUUACGUAACGAAAAGGGAGAUACGGAUGCAAUCUGGCUGAAUGCGAUGGAACUGACAGAGCUCACUUCACAGAGAGUGAACGAACUGCUGCAAGAAAACUACUCGCUGAAAAGUCGGCUGUGUGACAUGGAGACAAGGAUGGACAUCAUAGCCAAAUCUCAAAGAGAUUUGAUGGAUGCGAUGUUGCGAAAGCGAAAGCAAUCCAGGGCAGAGUCUUCUCGUACAUCAACUCAGUCGCUGCCAGAAGCGGAUGAUGCUAGACGAAAAACAGCUGUCAUCGGUCCCAUGGUUUCUCCCAUAACUGAGCAAGUUCUCUUGUGUCCUUACCCAGACCGAACUAAAGCAGCUUCGCCAUUGCUCAGCCACUUAAGAAUGGAUCAGACUUUGAGGAAAUAUGAUGAGACACGCUAUCAAAGAUCUCCAAGCUGUCGAAGGCCUCGUCUAAAUUCUUCUUCGUUAUCGGUUUCACAGGACAUGAGGGAUAUGGAUAGGAAUCACCGAACGAGUGAAGUAGUUACAUCAGACGAGGAUGUCCCUGGCGUUAUUGUCCACGAGCCCUGGGAGGACAGUUCCUAACUACAA